CUUCUGACUCCAUGGCAACGCAGCUACCGUAGCCGUUGCGCGAGUAGUUUGUUACAACCGAUGGUUCUGCAUACAGAAAUGCAAAAAUUUUUCCCUCCGGAGUUUAACGAUGAGAAUAAUAAGAUGCGACUUUAUUUCAGCUUUGCGUAGUUUAGAUCCGUUUACCCACGGAUGAAAACACCAGAAUUGUCGGCGAGUUCCAGGAGGGUCUUGUGACAUUUACAGGUUUCUCUUCAGAGACUCACAAUGCAGGUUUUGCCUAUCUGGGGGCUUGCUAUCCCCCUCCCAGCAGUGCUGAUGAUCACUGUGAGCCUUUACAUGGUCAUCCUGGGAAUUGGGCUGUGGAUCCGAUACUGCCUUAAGGACAGCUGUUCUUUACAUUGUGCCAGUUGCUGCCCAAACGUUUCUAUAUGUGAGCAAUGCUUCAGAUUGGCUGAAAUGUGUGACUGCCCCCUGCCGAACUUCAACACAUUCCUGCCUAAUUCCUGCACUUCAUCAUCUUGUGUCGACAUGGACUGUGCCUGUACCUGCCAACCUCCUGAGUGCAACUCCUGCAACUGUCUCUGCUUUGAGAUUCGGAUCAAGUAAAAACAAGAAGGUGGAGAUGCCGAUGCAAUGCACACGCAUUUCAUUUUACACCUUUAAUUUUAGGAUUUGACAGGGUGAUAUAAACAGAAGGACCAGGAAGCUGGAUCUGGCUCUGACUCAUCAUCACUGCCUUAAAUGUUUCCUUGUUGAGCGUCAUCACAACUUCUUCUUGUUAACUUUUUUUACAAAGACUGAAAAUGACCAGCUGUUGCCAUCAGAUCUGCCCUUGUUGUUGUUAUUUUAUAAAAUAAACAGAAUACAGUGUUCUUCA